AUGAUUUAUUUAGGUGCUCCCCAAAAUACUUUCCGCCGACCUAUCUCGGAAUUAAAAAUACCCGAGUUUAAAAAAGUUUUGACCGAAAAAAACAUAAAUAUUGAUAACGUAAUAGUUCACGGUCCUUACGUGAUGAACCUAGCCAACACCUUAGAUGAAAAGAUAUUUAAUCAAUCAGUAGAUUUUCUCAAAAAAGAAAUUGCUCGCAUGGAAGAAAUUGGCUUAAAAACGAUUGUUAUUCACCCCGGCAGUGCUUUAACUGCUCAACCCGAAGAAGGACUAAGCCAAUUAGUCAGAGGAAUUAAUUUAGUUCUCAAAGAAACUUCCAAGGUCCGUAUUGCACUAGAAACCAUGUGCCGUCGCGGUAAUGAGUUAGGAGGAAAUUUUGAACAACUCCGACAGAUAAUAGAUAAAGUUGACCAAAAAGAAAGGGUGGGAGGAAAAAUGGACCGCCACGAAAAUAUUGGUUAUGGCAAAAUUGGCUUAGAAGCUUUAAAAAGGGUAGUUUGA